GUUAACCCCCAGCGCGUGAUUGUGUUUUAUUAUGUUUCAUACAUGUGCUCACUUUUCUGCAGGUAUUAUAAAUAAAGCAUAAGCAUUAUUGGGUGAGGAGGUUGCUUCACUUGAAUGCUGUCUCCGUACUGUAUAGAGCGAUACUGACACUUUUAUUACCAAAUGCAUUACCAGGGAGGAUAAUAGAACAGCCAUUGACUAUUGUUCUCACGGUAUCAGGAUGCAAAUGUGUUUUCCCACGGGUGUUUCUUUCUAGUUUUCGAGUUACGUUACAACCAGACUUUCUCAUGCGAAUGUACGCCAAUAGUAGACCUGUAAUUGAUUUCAGCAGCAUGGUUCCUUAGCUAACAAACGUGGUGGUGAAUAUGACAGUUUGAUGCUUUGAAGGAAAGUGUGUCUUAGACUUGAGACCUAGAGUAAACUUCAAAAGACUUUCCUAAGUAGAAGCAAUAUUGUCAGUAAGCGGCAAGCACUAUGAAUACUUUAAUUUCAACAAACUCGGAUGUUUAAUCGACGAAGCUGUGAUAUCAAAAUGAAUGAACGACAGUUAUUCGUUCCUCAGGAUACGUAUGGCUAUAGUGUAGGAUCGGAUCACUUGGCCAAUACUGAGGUGCUACUCUCCUGUUCCCAGUCGACUCCCAAUGGCCAUCCGAUCGGCUUUCCAACCUCCAACGGGGACAGUUCCUACCUGCUCGGCAACGCUCAGACAAUGUACAGUCCGCAGCACCUCCGGGCCCAGGUACCCAGUCUGGGCGGGAUUAACCUUGCCCAGCAACAUCUAAAGGGCCACAUGGCUCAGAGCAGCUUUGAGAAUCCAGUUGACUUAUCCAGUAGUAAACUAGUUGGCUUAAACAGACAUAUAAAGGAGGAGGUACAGCAGCAUCACCAUGGCUAUAGUGGUAACCAUGCAACAGUCACCUCUUCCAUGACAAUAGGGAUACCCAACCAAUCAUGUGAUGCAGCUCACAUGGUGGCAGGGUCCCUUACACCACCAGAAAAAAUCAAUGGAGAAUUAGUACCGAUGGCAACGUCCAGCCCACUCAGCAUUAGUACGAUAGCCCAGAAUCUACAAGCACCCCCAAGUCCCAUCUCAACUCCGUCCCCACGUUUCUCAUCAAAUGGCUUCGAGCAUCGAAGUCAAUACCAAGACCAGAGACUUACAAGGGAAGCUAUGAGAACCUACCUGAAAGACAGAGGCGAUCAGAUACUUGUAAUUUUACAUGCAAAAGUUGCACAAAAGUCUUACGGAAAUGAAAAAAGAUUCUUUUGUCCGCCUCCCUGUAUAUAUUUAUUUGGAAGUGGCUGGAAAAAGAAAAAGGAGGAACUGGAGAGGGAAGCUUCAACAGAACAUGACUCCAUCGUGUGUGCCUUUAUGGGUAUCGGUAACUCGGACCAGGAGAUGGUACAGCUCAACCUGGAGGGAAAGAAUUAUUGUGCCGCUAAGACAUUAUAUAUAUCGGACUCCGAUAAGAGAAAGCACUUUAUGUUGUCUGUGAAGAUGUUCUAUGGAUGUGACCAAGAAAUUGGGGUCUUCAACAGUAAACGAAUCAAAGUCAUAUCAAAACCCUCCAAAAAGAAACAGUCAUUGAAAAAUGCUGAUUUAUGUAUAGCCUCAGGGACAAAGGUAGCACUGUUUAACCGACUUCGCUCUCAAACUGUCAGCACGCGGUACCUCCAUGUAGAAAACAACAACUUCCACGCCAGCUCAACUGAAUGGGGAGCUUUUACCAUACACCUCUUGGACGAGAAUGAAGGCGAGUCUGAAGAGUUCACGGUCCGCGACGGUUAUAUCCAUUACGGUUCUACUAUCAAACUAGUCUGCUCUGUUACAGGGAUAGCUCUACCUCGCCUUAUAAUACGAAAAGUUGACAAGCAGACAGCCAUAUUGGAUGCUGAUGAUCCUGUAUCCCAACUUCAUAAGUGUGCGUUCUACAUGAAAGACUCUGAGCGCAUGUAUCUCUGUCUCUCACAGGAGCGAAUUAUUCAGUUCCAGGCCACACCAUGUCCCAAAGAACUUAAUAAGGAGAUGAUUAAUGAUGGAGCUUCCUGGACGAUAAUCAGCACAGACAAAGCCGAAUACAACUUCUAUGAGGGAAUGGGACCGGUCAAGAGCCCUGUCACUCCUGUGCCUGUGGUCAGUACUUUACAUUUAAAUGGUGGUGGUGAUGUAGCGAUGCUGGAACUAUCGGGGGAAAACUUCACGCCAGCACUCAAGGUCUGGUUUGGUGAUGUGGAGGCUGAGACUAUGUUCAGGUGUGAGGACACGAUGUUUUGUGUGGUACCUGAUAUAUCUGCCUUCAGGGCUGGUUGGCGAUGGGUACGACAACCCCUACAGGUGCCUGUUUCUCUAGUGCGAUGUGAUGGUAUAAUAUUUUCUACAGGACUAACAUUUACGUAUACGCCCGAGCCGGGCCCCCGGCAGGGCUGUCGGGAAGUGGACCGCAUCAUCCACGGCCACUCCUCCUCCAGUCCCGACUCAACCUCACACUAUAACCUUAUGGAUGAUGCCAUCAAUAGGACUGCCCACUGACACCUGGAACUCUCAUGUGAUAUUAUAAACACACCUCUUAUGGGUUGAAAUGUCCGCUACUGCAUAGUUCUAAAAUCAACCACUAUGUAGUUCAAAAGGUCAGCAACUACGAGCUUCAGAGAUCAGUGACUAAGUAGUUCAAAGGUCAAAGACCACAGUGUUCAUCUGCUUUUGUCAGAAACAAAAAACUAGAUUUGUGGUCAUAUGACGCCAACCCAAAUGCCUACCUGUGUGAUCCGGACAAUGACACACCCACUGAGCUCUGAUUGGCUACAGUGACAUGACUGACAGGUAUCAACAGGGAAAUGAUCUGUGUUCCAUAAGUGAAGGAAACCGUGAAUAUUGAAUCCUAGGGGAGAAAGGAUUGGACAACUUGUUCAGAUCAUUGCUUCUUGUUCUCCUGCUCUUUGUUACACAGUGCUAAUUUUGCUUUUGUAAGCAUUUGAAAACGUUAGUUACCUCCAAUUUAGUUUCCAUGGAUACUGUGAAAAUUCGUGCAUGGUUUCUUUGGUAAAUGUUAAAACCACCAAUAUAUGUUUUGUUAUAAGUUAUCAGGUGGAACAAAGACCUCACUCAUCCAUGACCAUUAAUUAAAAUGUCAAACAUUUACAGUUACAAUAGAUAUUUUUUAAUUCACUGUUCAUAUUACUCAAAAGUCAAAAUCUUUUUUAAAGUUUCUGAUUGCUCUUAGAAAAUUAGGUCAGUUGUCAUUUCUUAUUUUUUUUCAACAUAAAAUUCACAUGUAGGUCAUGAACUUAUAGUGAAAGGAUUAUUUGGAAAGUUACGUUUUUCAAUGUAAAAUGAAAACUGUUUCACUCUAUACUGUAUAUGCCCUUAUACGGCAGCACACACAUCUGACAAGUAGGCAGCACAACCCGUGGACCUUCCGUAUUUCAGUACAAGAUGUGUACUUUUACCAGCUUAGAUGUCUACUUCGGUUUUCAUCCAAUUGCUUAAACUGUGUUUCUUAUAAUUGAUUUACUGUUCAGACUUGUUGCUGAUACAUUGUAUUACUUAUAGUUAACUUUUUUCAAGCAUUGUUUUGCAAUUUCCUAUAAAAUAAAAUAGAAAAUAAUUUAACUACUUCAAGAUAGAAAACUUUAGGAGAAAAUAAGGAAAGUAGUUGAAGUUUUUGUCAAAGCUGACUUCAUUGAUCCAUGAAACUUCAUAAAAAUUGACGCGCUAUUUACAUGGUUGUACUUACGUCAGAGAUUCUCUGUGAAAACUGGCCACUCAAGACAAGUGAUUAUAUUCUAGAGUCUAGAAAUUGGUACAUAAUUCUGUUACACCAAUGAGCGAAAUUAUAUUAAUUAGCCCAGCCUAGGUAGACUACUGUACUGAUCAGGAUAUGGAUUUGACUAAUGUUUACAGUACAUAGAUACAUAUGUAGCCAUAAGGAUCUGUGUUUAGUACAGUGCAACAUACUGUGAUAAUGAUUUCAAAGUCUAGCGCAUUUCUUUUACUUUUUGAAAUGACUUAAUCAUGAGGUGGUAAUUAUUGGAAACCGACUGAAAAUCGAUGUUGUGCCAAGGUUGCAAUAAAUGUACAAGAACAGAUGUUCCCAGUAAUGUUAAUUCAGUAAGAUUUAGAUGUAUUUCUAUUGGGUUAUACAAAAGUCUUGUGUUUUGAUUGGUCAGUGUGAGUAUGGAAAGUGUGUUUGAUUGGUCAAUGUAAAGUGAAAUCUUGUAUUUUGAAGAUAUAACUUUUCACUACAUUUUAAUGGGUUCAGAGAUAUUUAAGAUACAUAUAACGACUCAAAAAGAUUAGAUGGUGUAAACUCUUCAACUUAAUAAGAUAUUUUACUUUUGUAAUUAUUUUAGUACAUUUAUAUUGACAGAAAAUGCGAUCACUCGCCUACCUGAAUGUAAGCCAGGCAAUUACCUCAAACUGUGGAACUUUUUCAGUCGACACAUGUACACACCUGUACAUUAGACCUCGUUACUCCAGUGAUCAUGUCAAAUACCUGUCUGUGUCACCUUGUUAGUCCAGACACUUUAUUUUCCAAAAUAGAAUAAGAAAACAAGGUUGUUUUAAUAAGUUAUUAAAUGAAACUUUUCCAAAAUAGAAUAAGAAAACAAGGUUGUUUUAAUAAGUUAUUAAAUGAAACGGUCGGUGAUCAAAUAUUGUUGCUGUGCUAGAAACAGCAUGGGAGUAAUACCUUUCUUUUGUAUUUCGUUACAAGUUUGAAGUUGAUGGUGGUUUUACUUAAUAGGCCAUCAAUUUUAACUGAUCAACACUACCAAUAUCUAGUUUAAAGAAAUAAAUUAAAAGUUUUGAUUUGAAGAAGUUUAGUUCAAUAAUUGUACCUCCCACAAUACAUUAGAUAGUUUUGUAAGAAAGUGUAGAAUAUGCUGUGUGCUUCCCAAUCUAUAUCUACCGACUGAAAAAUAUCAUCUACAAAGAUAAAGCAUAGGUUUGUUAAAUUAUUGUGACUUUUGUAAAAAAAAAAUAAAAAAAAAACAAA